UUGUUGUGAAUCCAUUUGCGUGCCGUAGUCGCCUUGCCUGGGUCGUAAUUACGUGGUCAGCUGAGCCCCGAGUCUCAGUGCCGCCUCCAUCUAGUCUGUGGCCCCCAAUCCCCAAAAAAACAAAACAAUAUAAAAUACUUAAUAAUUGCGUUGGGAAAUGUGCGGCUAAAUGGCAACGUAAUCAACGUGCAACGGCAGCCAAAAACAAACGUCUAAAUAAUAGUAGAAAGUUUUUUUUAUUGUUAAGCAAAGCUCUAGCUCUGCUCUGCUCCGCGAAGCAGCUGCCAAAAAUCGAAAUAGCCAAAGCAUCCAUCCACCGGACGGACUCCAUCACUUCCACGACUUGCGUUUUUGCGUGUGAAACCGAGAAAAAGAAAUUCGCGCUUUUGCCUUUCGUCUGCCCCCUUCUCCGUCACUUUUUUGCAUGUGUGUUGGUGUGCUGCUGCUGUGUAUCUGUGCGAAGAGCAAUCCAGUCGAUAAACUCCCCAUCAACCCAUAAAAGAUACGCAACAAUAUUAGUAGGAGAAAUAACAAUAACCGUAACAAAAUCAUGUCCGGCCCAUUGCCCGAAAUCAGCGCCGAACAGCGCGCCACACUGGAACAGUUCCGCAAGCAGAUGGACGAUGCUCUCGUCGACACCCACGAUGAUUACUUCCUACUGCGCUGGCUGAGAGCUCGCAAAUGGAACCUGGAGGCAGCAGAGAAAAUGCUGAGAGCUAGUCUGAAGACGCGGGCCAUGUGGAAUGUGGACAACAUCGACAAGUGGGAUCCUCCCAAGGCACUGAAGGAGUAUUUGCCGUAUGGCCUGAUAGGCUACGACAACGAAGGAUCUCCAUUGCUGGUUUGUCCCUUUUACAACUUUGACAUCUGGGGCAUGAUGCACUGCGUCACACGCUUCGAGUUCCAAAAGUAUCUGGUUCUGCUCAUCGAACGAUUCAUGAAGACCGCCUACGAGCAGAGCCUGGAUCACGGCUGGAAGGCCCGUCAGCUGGUGGUGUUCUUCGACAUGCAGGACGUGAAUCUGAAGCAAUAUGCCUGGCGUCCGGCGGCGGAGUGUGUCAUCUCCUCGGUGAAGCAGUACGAGGCCAACUUCCCGGAGCUGCUCAAGAUGUGCUACAUCAUCAAUGCGCCGAAACUCUUUUCCGUGGCCUUCAACAUAGUGAAAAAGUUCCUGGACGAGAACACCACCAGCAAGAUCGUCAUCUACAAGUCGGGCGUGGACAAGUGGCAGCAGCAGCUCUUCUCGCACGUGAAUCCCAAAGUGUUCCCCAAGGCGUGGGGCGGCGAACUGGUCGACAAACUGGGAGACCCGCAGUGCAAGUCGAUGAUGGUCUGGGGCGGCAAGCUGCCCGAGGAUCUCUUCAUCGACCAGAACAGCCAGCAGAGUGACAAGGACUUCACCGACACGCAGGUGCCCAAGGGGGACAAGCUGAAGCUGCACUUCAAAGUCAAUCUGGAAGAACAAAAGAUACUUUCUUGGGAAUUCCGGACCAUCGACUACGACAUCAAGUUCGGCAUCUACAGUGUGGACGAGAAGUCGGGCGAGAAGCGAAGCGAGGUGCCCUUGGGCACAGUCUACUCCAACGAAAUGGACGAGAUUGGCUACAUCUCCACGCGACCCAACACCACCUACACUGUUGUCUUUGACAACUCUGCCAGCUAUCUGCGCGGCAAGAAGCUCCGCUACUGGGUCGACCUCGUCUCGGACGAGGAGGAGGGCAUCACAGAGCUGACCAACCAAAUGGACAACACACAGCUAGCGGCACAGCAGUAGUUGGGCAGUCGGUCCGACCAGCAACUAAGCCAAAUACAAUGGGAUCAGAUAGAUAUACACACUAUCCAUAUGUAUACACACACAUAUGUAUAUAUAGCAACAAUAACUAACCUCGGGUGCAUCAAAGUCACGAAUCACUUGCUAGAGAUCUCCUCCUGCCUCCCAGCUACCUCUCCUCUGGCAGUCGGGCGGAUGGCAGCGUCUGGCGAAGCUGUAGAAAACCAUGUGAUACAAUCAUUAGUAACGAAGAAACACAACUGCGACUCACACUUACCACUUACAACAAACAUAUAGUUAGUACUUGAUUAUUUGAUUACUUAGCCGCACUCUGUAUUGUUUAAACGGACCGUCUUGGAUGUCGGUAGGCAGCACAAUAAACUGUAACCACAAUA